CGUUGAUUAUCGUCGAUACAUUUUUUGUCUCUUUCAUAUACAUAUCGGAUCUCUCUCUUGAGUGUCUUGAAUGUGACAUGGCGUCCAUCAAGAUAUAUCACGGCCUUCUGUAAAACUGAAUUAAAUGACAGUGAUCUUAUUUUGCAUUUUAUUACUGAGGCCGUAAUAAAUCGUACAUUUGCAUUGAUGGUAAUGCAUGCAAGGAAACCUCAGCGAAUAAGCGAUGGGUACUUUGAGAAGCAUCAGGCCCAUCCAUAUCAGAAGUACCAUUCAAAGAGUGACAGAAGAACUGAGUACGCUCCUUCAGAUCACCCGUACAUACCUCUCCGAUCCCCCAAUGGCAAUGUCUCAUCCCAUGGUCACAGCACACACGGCAGUCACUCCAGUCAUGGGCACCACCACUACAGCCAUCUCGCAGAUGACAGAGGAUACAAUACAUCCCGAAAUGUUUACAUGCCAAAAGGAUCCGAAAAGGAGAGAGAUAGAGACUACAAAACCUGUAGAAAUAAGUACUCAGAUAGUGUCAGAUCACCGAAGGAGAAACGUAGCAAAGAUUGUGAAAGUAGAAGUAAUCAUGAACGAAGUGAAUCAGAUAAAAAAAGUAGGCUUAGUGUUAGUAAAUAUGACAAGAGAAGUGCACCUUCAUCAAACGUGCCUCUGACCAUACACUGCCAAAGUGCCGAAUGGUCAGAACACAUUAGUUCAUCAGGAAAGAAGUAUUAUUAUAACUCUAUCAGUGAAGUGUCACAGUGGGAGAAGCCUAGGGAAUGGGACUCAAGGAGAAUGUCAUCCAAAGAUUCAACAUAUUCAUCAAGAAACAGUCGAGAUAACAGAUCAAGUUCGAGGUCAGGCAGAAGAGAGCCCGACAAGCCGUGCAAAAGGACGAACAAUGCCUCCGACCGGUACUGGAACAGCAAUCACCGCGACGACGAUGCGCACGACCGAACAAGACCAAAACAUUCGGCGUCCACACAUGACGGGAAGGAUGGCCAGUCGUUGCAGGAUAUGGAUAUCUCGCCAGACAGGAGUACACCGAUUUCGGAGAAUUCCUAUGGCGCUAGAGAAGCGAAUUGUGCAGCGCGAAAUAACACAGAGAAUUCGGUCCCUCCAGUCGUCGUACUUGAUAAUUCAAAUCAACCGAGUGGAUCGCUGCUUGCGGCGGCGCUACCGCGAAUCGUGGCAGCGCCGACGGUGACGAUGCCGGCGAACAACGGCGGCGGGUCUCCGCUCGGGAGCGGCGCCGACACGCCGCAGCGCGACGCCGGCCCGCCGACGCCCACGCACUCCGAGAACAUCGAUCCGCACGCGCCGCCGCUGCACCUCGAUGCAGCGCUGCCCAGGAAAAUGGAAUGCCUGGGCAGCUACUCGUCGGUGGUGGGCGGCGCGCUGCACCACGCCGCGCCCAUGCUCACGCCGUCGCUCGUCAACUACGUGCGCGCCGACCUCAUGGGCCACGUCACGGGUUGGGCGGCCGACAUACUGGAGAAACAGGCGAGCAAGUUCACGGAGGAGGCGUACCAGCUGGGCUGCCUGCAGUGCACGCGCGUGUCGGCCGAGCUCAAGUGCUCGCGCUCGGUGGUCCGCCACACCGAGAUACAAGCAACGUUACAGGAACAAAAGAUAAUGUACCUGCGCCAGCAGAUUUCGCGGUUGGAGGAGCUCAAGUCGCAGAACUCUUUCAUGUCGGAGGACUAGGGCCCGCGCGCCGCGCCGCCGCCCCGCCCCCCGCGCUGCAAGCCCCGCCCUCGUGGGGGCACUUCACCAGUCAAUGCUAAACAUUGUUCAUUCCGUUCUUUUUCUAUGUAAUUUAGAUCGAAUGAUUACUGUUGUGUUGUGUGAUUUGAUGUUAAAUUUUAAGCAUUCAUUCUCGUAAGGUUCGCCGAAUUGGCCGAUCUUAUUUCUGUGUAGCGUAUCCGACGACUCUUGUGUGCGUGUGGUGUUUAAAUUUGUCUUUGUUAAAAUUAUUUGAAAAAUGUGCUUCGGAUUUAGUGAACAUUCGAAAAGAAUUGUAAAAGACAAAUAAUCGAGCGAUAUUAGAACUGAGGGCUCAACUUGACAGUCCAUAACUGAAUAUUAUUUGACUGACACAAAAUCUGAUUCCAACUUUCAUAUUCUUUUGGAAUGUUCACCAAAUCCUAAGUACAUUUCUAUAGAGUUAACACACUGGCCCUCACACCACACACACUUGUUCUUGACGCCCAAGCGGAUUAGCUUCGUUUUGACUUUUCAUUUGUAUCUUUAUGAGAGUGGAUAUGGUAAUAAAAUUAUCGUUUGUAGGUAGGUUAAGUAGAGGCCCGCGGCCCGACUGGGCCCGCCCGGCGCCGGCUUACAAUAAUUCAUAUUCUAUUACAGCGAGUUCACGAGAUGGUUUAUAGUGAUACUUUUCAUUGGUCAGUUGUAAGGGUACAGUGUUUUGUAAUGUGUUUAUUGUAAAGAUUUAAAUUAUUAAAUAAUACUUUCUUAGAAGUUUGUUUUUAUAUUAUGUAGUUGUUAUGUAAGCCAUUCAUUUUCAUUACAGUUAACUAAUAAUAAUAGCUAAUGUGUUAGCCAACACUGCCCGCGCGGGCAGAGCGGCGUUGUUCAUUACAGACCUUCAUUUUUGACCAAUCCUUGUGUAAACUUUGUAAAGAACAGGAAUUUUUAAUAAUUAAUAUUAUUAUAGUAACCACAAAUUCAUGUAGUUAUAUUAGUUGAUUUUAUUAUAAAUCAUAUAAGCAUAAUUAAUACGGAUCACAAUUACUUUGCAUGCUUUCGACUUGAGGGCGCAACACAAGAGAAGCCAAGGGAACUCUAUUUGUUACAAGUAACAUUAGCGAAUCAUUAGUUAGGUACGAGCUCCGGUCUAGGUCCUUCUAAUUUCUUUUUUAAUAUUAUGUAAGCUAACAAUAAAACUGCUAUAUUUUGACACCGACCUGUAUAAAUUAACAGAAUUAAGUACUGUGAUAUUCAUUCACUUUCACACGUAAUAAUAGUAAUAAAUAUACAUAUGUUUAAUGUUUAUGUACGAGUAGGUCUGUCUCUGUGUGGAGUUUAAAAUGUAAUUAUUUAGGUGCACGCUGUUUAUAAUUACACUUAUUUAUAUUGUUUAGGAUGUGCGUAAGGAUUGAAAGUCAUUAACUGAGCGAAAGAAUUGAACCUACCAUCGAGAUUGGUAGAUUUUAGCUGGUUUACCGUCCACCUGACCUGUUGUGGCACAUAACUAUGGAUUUUUAAUUGUUACAUUUAACUGGACAGUAAACCUGUUAAAAAGCAUCUUACAUUGUUUUUCAUUAUUUGUGCGUUUUUUUCCCAACAUACGCCAUGUCUCUAUCGCCGCGUGGGACUUACAAAAACAUUCUAGCUCCUCCACCCGCUUCGGACUUAAAAUGGGAGUGGGGUGGAUAAAUCUGGCUGCAUCUUGCUCUAGAUAUGAUUACCUAAAAGACACUGAAAAGUUUUUAAUACUCCUGCAGAAUUAGUUUGUUCAAAAACAAACUGGAUUCAAAGUGAAGUACUAACACAUGUUAGUACAACAUACUUCAGAUUGUAUAUUCUUCACAGGUUUUUCGAAAACUUUCAUAAGUGUCUGCAAGGAACUCCUAAAGAGCCGGUGUAGACUCCAACCAAAUUACAGUAACUAAAGUGCUUCGUUUUAACGUUUCUGUUAAUGGCUAAAAAGGUGCGGGGGCAGAGGGAGGAGUGCAUUUGAAACUGUUGUAUCUGAUUGAUGAUAAUGAGAUACAAUAUCCAACUCGGCCCCGCGCGGUGUAGACAACAAACAGUUAAACGGCAGCCUAUUUAGUAUGUAAUUUACGAUGAUUGAAGACUGCCUCAUGUGUUCAGCAAACAGUCCGUUAACCGUCUUAUUAGUAUAAGUUCUUAUUGUUAUUACUUGCUUCUCGGGUUUAGGGAAUGACCCACAAUCCUUGCGCGCAUUAUUUAGGGCCCAAUUAUGCAGGUCUCUCAGUUAUAAGUUAUAGAGUGAGUGUGGCUGUAGCCGUGGCUUUGUUGUCUUGUAGUGUAGUGUUUCAGUGGGGACCUGUCACUUCCCCGCCGUAACCUUAGUGUAGUAAAUGUGAACAUAACGCGACAGCGCCCUCCGCGUCGCCUCCACACAGGGAACUCGCCAGUUAAUUUUUUUUCCAUGUUCUCCAUAAUCAUACUUUUGUUUUCCGACAUUGUUCGAAAUACGAAGAUUUAACCUGUUUAAAUAAAUAAAUCAGUUUCAAUAAA